AGCAACCUGAGGAUGAGGAGCGACACCGCGUGAGCGAGCACUCUAGGAUCGGGCACGCGCUCCCCCCGACAACUGGCGUCGAAAAAAUGGUGGCCAGUGCGCGAGUACAGAAGCUCCUCCGACGAUAUAAACUCGCGAUUGCCGCCGCAUUAACCAUCCUCCUGGUACAAGGGCUUGUGGUAUGGAGUCUGAGAAGUCUGGAAGAGGGCGAGGCAGAGAGGAAAACAAGACGGUCUAAGCUGCCUGACCACAACAGCCAGGAUCCAAAGAGAGACGCUGCACUUUGGGAGAAACAAAAUUCUUUGUCGCGGAGGAACCAGGGCAGAUGGAGCUCCAGGUUGGAGAGGACAGGGGGCACAGCAGCCAGCGCACUGAGGAGAGCGACCAGCCGCAGAGGAGGAAAGCCCAGCAUCAGACUGAAGGCUCCCCAGGAGCGGGGGAUGACGGGAUUGGAUGGCGUAGUCCCUCAUGACCCGUCCAGUAGUCGAAACUUCAGUGAGUCCCGAGGUGGCACAGACGGAGCAGCCAGGUUACCUGCUGCUGCCAUACCAGGGGAGCCAGGCAGCGUGGACGGGGCUCACCAAGCCCCCAGUAGCGACUUUGUGCCUAAAUGUGAUAUCAUAGGCAAGGACGCGCUGUCUGCCCUCCAUCGUGCUGGCUCACAGCAGUGCCGACAGGAGAUCGCCAACAUUGUGUGCCAGCACCAGGCUGGGCAGCUCAUGCCAGACGCACUUCCACAGUUCUGUCCCCAGCUUGGUGUAUCAAAUCCAGUCCAGGCUGUUGGCGAGCUGGACAACAGCCUGUCCAAGGUGGAGAACCCAGUUAGGGUGGCCUUCGUCCUGAUGGUUCACGGCCGAGCUGUACGGCAGCUCAGGCGCCUCAUGAAAGCCAUAUACCACCGUGACCACUACUAUUACAUCCAUGUGGACAAGCGGUCCAGCUACAUGCACCGGGAGGUCCUGCAGAUAGCCCAGCAGUACCCAAACAUACGAGCCACGCCCUGGCGGAUGGUCACCAUCUGGGGUGGGGCCAGUCUACUGAAGGCUUACCUACGCAGCAUGCAGGAUCUGCUCUCCAUGCUGGACUGGAAGUGGGAUUUUUUCAUCAAUCUCAGCGCCACAGACUUCCCCACCAGGACCAAUGAUGAACUGGUGGCAUUCCUGUCACAGCACAGAGACAAGAACUUCCUCAAGUCCCACGGCAGAGAGAAUGCACGGUUUAUUAAGAAGCAGGGCCUUGACCGUCUCUUCCACGAGUGCGACAACCACAUGUGGCGUCUUGGUGAACGCAGCAUCCCAGAAGGCCUGGAGGUCUCGGGUGGCUCUGACUGGUUUGCCCUCACCCGCCGCUUUGUGGAGUACGUCAUCAACUCCCAGGAUGACCUAGUGUCAGGGCUGAAGCAGUUCUAUUCCUACGCGCUGCUCCCCGCUGAGUCCUUCUUCCACACCGUGCUCGGGAACAGUCACAUGUGCGACAGCCUGGUGGACAAUAACCUGCGUGUCACCAACUGGAACCGUAAGCUCGGCUGUAAAUGUCAGUACAAGCACAUUGUCGACUGGUGCGGCUGCUCGCCCAAUGAUUUCAAACCGCAAGACCUCAUCCGGAUUCAGCAAUUGACCCGUCCGACAUUCUUUGCCCGCAAGUUUGAGUCAACGGUGAACCAAGAGGCCAUAGACAUCCUGGACACUCACCUGUAUGGCCAGUACGCUCCGGGCACCAUCGCCAUCAAGGCGUACUGGGAGAGCCUGUUUGAGCAGUUGGACGGUGUCGGCUCACUCAGCGAUGUGGCUCUCACUGCUUACACUUCUUUCUUUCGCCUUGGUCUGAAGAGUCUGGUGAAGACUCAGAGCACCGUAGAGGCCUGCAGGUUUGAACCAGUAGGCUUCCCUUUAUCAGUACACGUGUACUUUUAUGACGACCGUUUUCAAGGAUACCUGGUGCGUCAGGAAGUCCAGGCUUUGGGGUCAAAGGUCAAGGAGACACUAGAGAUGUGGGCAGUACCCCAGGCCACCCUCGUCCUCGAGACAAACCUUAAGGAGUUUGAAAGGCUCAAGAACCUGGAGAUCGGCACAGAGUGGGAUCCUAAGGAAAGAAUUUUUCGUAACUUUGGUGGGGUUGUCGGUCCUUUGGAUGAACCACUAGCAGUCCAGAAGUGGGCUCGUGGGCCCAACCUCACAGCCACUAUUGUGUGGAUCGACCCGGCUCUGGUGGUGGCAGCUUCGUAUGACAUCACAGUGGAUGUGGAUGCAGAGUAUACUCAGUAUAAACCACCACUGCAGCGCCCCCUGCGGCCUGGCACCUGGACUGUACGGGUGUUAAAGCAGUGGGAGCGCAUAGCAGAAGUUCAUUUUCUUGUCAUGCCCUUAACCUUCAAAGAUAAGGAGCCAUUACGCCAAGAAGAGGACAGCUGGCUCCAUGCGGGUCCUCCAGGUAACUUGUACCUGGAGCAGAGCUUCCAGCAGCUGAGCUCUGUGCUGAAGCUGCCUCCCCAGGAGCCUGCCAUGCAGGCAGCCCAGCGUAACGCCCAGCUGGUGGGCCAGGCCCUUGAAUCAUGGGUAGAUAGCAGCGUGGGGACCUUCUGGGUCAUAGGCGACUUGUGUACCACACAGACUUCAUCCUGCCCAGCCUUGGGAGCUUGCUCCAAAACCUCCUGGAGUUCCCUGUCCCCAGACCCCAAGUCUGAACUGGGCCCAGUCAAAAGUGACGGGCGAAUCAGGUAGCCCCAAGAGAGGAGAGACUGUAGACUUCAACACACACACAGGAAGACUUACGGAGAGCUGGACUGAGUCUACACUAGAGGCUCAUAUGAGAGCUCCAAGAGAACCUGUGUGAUAUUCAGCUCAGAGCUGAAGGGCACAUAAACGACGACACAUCUUCCUGCACUGAAGAGUCGAGAUAUUCUCGGUGAAGUGGUAAUGCGGACUUGAGAGAGGAGGAUUUGACUGCUGGAAAUUUGCACAUAGAAGAUUGCAAGCGCAAAGACACAAAUUGUGUCAUCGUUUGCAAAACGGUUACACGGAUGCCAGAUGUAUUGUUGUGUUUUCAGUCAGGGUCUGUCUGAGUUGGAGUUUGAAAAGAACCCUCCACGCAUGUUUGAACUCCGCUGUGGCGCACAGUUUUCAGUUUUCCUCCGCUUUGAAAGGCAACUUGUCGAAACUCAACAACAGGCUCUUUGCUGUGUUUCUAUCUUCAUUUCAAAGGAGAGCGCAACCUCUGAAUCAUAUUAUUGUGCUUAUUUUGAAGCAUUAUUACACAAGCAUACGGAGUAGACAGAUGAAGUGCACUUUACUGUAAGACUAUUAUGUUACACAGAGGUCACUUGGAGUGAGGAGAAGAAGUUAAAAAGUCAUGUACAAAGGUCACAUCACUUCAUUUUACAGUAGACACUAAGACGCCUCCUCAAGGCACAUACCUGCACCGUCACUCACUGUUGCACAGACACAUCAGGGAAUUAUAACUGGGGUUAGUGGGGUUUGUCGGUUUGGACUCUUCUUUCAGUUUUAGUUCUGUUUACUGUGACAUAUCGUUUUUAAACAUGUUUUUCAAUGUAUCUGUUUUGUCUGUUAGUUCCCUGAACUGGCUGUAAAGUGUGAAAAAGCCACUCUGAUUUGUUUUUCUGGUCAAAGGAAGUGCCUCGACAGGUGCAGCAGUAAGGCUGCAGAUAGCGUCCAGAAUUUCUCCGAAAAUAGUCGACGAAACAAUCUCAACUCAAAACAAGGUACGGAUCAGUUUGAUAUGGUCAAAAGCUUUGGAAAAAGGGAGUAAGUGGAUCUUGAGUUGAGGUUCUUUUGGUAACAUUUUCAAGCUCAAAUAUUUUGAGAUAUUUUGUUUUCUUUUGCUGAACUGAAACCAAUGUAGGAAGAGGAAGAAAAAUUGGAUUAGGGCUGCAACUAACGAUUGUUUUCGUUGUUGAUUAAUCUUCCGAUUAUUUUUUUCGAUUAAUCGAUUAAUAGUUUAGGUCUAUAAAGCAUCAAAAAACUAUGAAAAAUGGCCAUCACAAUUUCUCAGAGCCCAAGGUGAUGUCAUUAAAUGUCUUAUUUUGUUCGAC